CCCGCCGGCCGGGGCUUGCCGGCAGCGGGAGCGGCCUCAAGAUGGACGAAGACGGCGGCGGCGGCGAGGGCGGCGGCGUGCCUGAAGACCUUUCAUUAGAAGAGAGGGAAGAACUUUUAGACAUUCGUCGGAGGAAAAAGGAACUUAUUGAUGACAUUGAGAGGCUGAAAUAUGAAAUUGCUGAAGUGAUGACAGAGAUUGACAAUCUGACUUCAGUGGAGGAGAGCAAAACGACUCAGAGGAAUAAGCAGAUAGCGAUGGGAAGAAAGAAGUUUAACAUGGAUCCCAAAAAGGGAAUUCAAUUUCUAAUAGAAAAUGACCUGCUGCAGAGUUCCCCAGAAGAUGUAGCCCAGUUCCUGUAUAAAGGAGAAGGCCUAAAUAAGACCGUCAUCGGGGACUACCUGGGGGAGAGGGAUGAAUUUAACAUUAAAGUUCUUCAGGCUUUUGUUGAACUCCAUGAGUUUGCCGAUCUCAACCUCGUGCAAGCCUUAAGGCAGUUCCUGUGGAGCUUUCGGCUCCCGGGGGAGGCUCAGAAGAUCGACCGCAUGAUGGAGGCCUUCGCAUCCCGCUACUGCCUGUGCAACCCUGGUGUCUUCCAGUCCACGGACACCUGCUACGUGCUGUCCUUUGCCAUCAUCAUGCUCAACACCAGCCUCCACAACCACAACGUGCGGGACAAGCCCACGGCCGAGCGGUUCGUCACCAUGAACCGGGGCAUCAACGAGGGCGGAGACCUUCCUGAGGAGCUGCUGAGGAACUUGUACGAGAGCAUCAAGAAUGAACCUUUUAAGAUCCCGGAGGAUGAUGGCAAUGACCUGACACACACGUUCUUCAACCCCGACCGGGAGGGCUGGCUCCUGAAGCUGGGAGGGCGUGUGAAGACCUGGAAGAGGCGGUGGUUCAUCCUGACUGACAACUGCCUCUACUACUUUGAAUACACGACAGAUAAGGAGCCCAGGGGGAUCAUCCCGUUGGAGAACCUCAGCAUACGGGAGGUGGAAGAUCCGCGAAAGCCCAACUGCUUCGAGCUGUACAAUCCCAGCCACAAGGGACAGGUCAUCAAAGCCUGUAAAACCGAGGCCGACGGCCGGGUGGUAGAGGGGAACCACGUGGUGUACCGGAUCUCCGCCCCGAGCCCCGAGGAGAAGGAGGAGUGGAUGAAAUCUAUCAGAGCGAGCAUCAGUCGGGAUCCUUUCUAUGACAUGUUGGCAACAAGGAAAAGGAGGAUUGCCAAUAAAAAAUAGAGCUUUCCAGGCCUGAACAGGUAACAGUAAAAACCAAAACCCCACAGCAAAAAGUGACUGGACAAGUUGUCCCCAUUGGACCCAGAGGCCUUUUCCAGAAGGCACCAGAGGCAAGAACUGCACAGCGCCAUGGCUCAUAGGAAGCUGGAGGCUCCACACCGAGCCCCUGGUCCUCCGUGUCCUGUGCCCAGGAUGUGAUCGGCUGGUGCGCGUACAGAGACUUCCCUUCCUUCCGAUCUGUCGCCUGCAACACCAGAGAGGUCCAAAACAUGCCCUUCUCGAAACUUCCUCCGGCCGCAGCACCAGUAGUUCAGCCAUGAAAAUCCAGGCAGCAGUAACGGGACCGUAUUCGGGCGGGAACUGGCUCAUAUCAUGAGUGUUUACCAAUGGCAGGGGUAUCCGUUCUAGAAGCUGCUGUUUUGUAUCAGAGCAGGAAAGGAAGAGCUACCACUUUUUUAUUCAGAAUUUUUUUUCUCAGAUAUAUAUGAUUAUAGCUUUUAUAUGCCUUUUUAUAUUCUGAAAUUAUAAUGAAAGAUACUUUCUAACAGUAGUAUUUUUAGAAUGGCAGCUAUAAAUUUAAUUCCUGGACACAAGUAUAUACUGUGCACUGAAAAAAAAUUACAUAUACAGACACACACACGCAGCACUCGAGGGUGGGCAGUGGCGAGGACACCUGGGUGUCGCCUCACCCCCACGGGGCUUCCAGACACAGAGGCUGCCCGUGUCUCCUCAAGGAUGAUGACGAGCACUGGGCGGGGGCAGGCCUCCAGGCACCUGCUCCCCCGGGCCCUCUCUCCAGCGCAGAGCUUGUGGUCCCACAGAUACUUCCUAAAAGGCAAAUCAUCACAGUGUCAGUGACGGUCGGGACGUCUGUCCUGUAACUGCCGAGUCCCGGCACCGUCUGUGUGUCGAGCCACAGGAAACUGCUAGUAGUGGACUCUUGGGACCCCUCCCUCAGGGAGCAGUUUCAUCCCGUUCAGCCAAACAGGUGGCUCAGACUGAAUUUUGAACACUGUCUUCACAGUUGAAAAACCUUUUGGCAACAUGAAGGCUCAUUUACUGACCUGAUGAUAAGACCAGACUUGUUCAUGUGAUGUGUAGACAUGUAAGUAACUAGAUUUCCUCUCGCUAGGAGGAGGGGAGAGCAGGCUGUGAGAGGGUGCGUGGCACUUAGGUUUCCUGUAAAUAGUGCAAAACCCCAAAUGGACUCUGGUAGUGGAACUUGGGAAGCUCCAUGACCAAUAAGCCGUCGGGCUGCCUGUGACUUACCGACAGGAGGUCCGUGCUUUUGCUGAAGGGGGCCUGGGUCCCGCACGUUUCAGAGCUGGACGGGGUGGGCAAGUGCAAGGCCGAGGGCUGGCCUGGGGCUGGGAGCCUCGGGUUCUUCAGGACUGGCGCCUUUCUCAUCGGAGCUUUAUUUCCACCACCAGGACACCCGCAUUCAAUACACUGGGCUUCCUUGCCAUGGUGGCUGAUCUGGGGGUGGGCUCUUCCCCAUAGAACCUCCUCUCCCUGCCCCAGCUGCAUAGACACCCUACAUUUUGCACCCUGUAGAGGUCAUUAAAUACAGCAGUGCAAAGUCAAGUCCAAGACAGAAAACUUCAGGUGGGACGUACUGUGUAGAGAUUUAAAUAGCCGAAGUGAGUCUUGCUGAGUGGCCCUGAUGCCAAGGGCUCUUUGCCUCUGUGCAGCUGACCUUGACGUAGCUUUAAGUCACACUAGACUACAAGGGGUCUGAGCCCAUGACUCUCCAAAAUGCAUCAGAUUUUUGGUUUGUUCCCAAACUGUCAGGCUUUGUUACUGUACUGAUACCUCAAAAUCGAAACUUUAGUUUUUGAGCAGGCAAGUCAGCAUUGUUGAGAUGCCUGACUGGUAUAUAUGCAACUCUGGCCUCCAGUCUUCCACAGAAACACGAUGCCUGGGCCCCCAGACCAAACACUGCUGGAGAUGACCCCGCAGCGCCACCCCUUGGGCGGGUCCCGCAUCGGGGACGGUCGGCACCUCGCUGUGUAUUUCAAGGGUGAAAAGCCUGCUUUUAUCAGACCCAGGUAGGCCCCUGGGGAUGCAGGGCUCUAUCUUUUGGGUUUGGCCUCGGAUUGGGGUUAGGAGAACGGCCCGUGUAGAAAAUGUUUCUCUGGUUACCUGCGAUCGCGCCUCCCCGAUGCAAAUGCCACAGAAGGCCGUGGUGCUUAGACUCUAUGUAACUUGCCAUCAGGGUGUUUCGUGAAUUCAUCCAACUCCAGGUUUUGUUGCGACAGUAUUAACACGGCAGGCACGCAGCCAUCGCGUCCACUCAGCCCAGGCAGGCCUGGCCCAGAAAGCCUGCCGGGUCAGGGACUGCGGGCAGGGCUGGCUUUGUUGUCUGAACGUCAACACACUCAACGUUCAUCCUCCCACCCCCAUCUACACUCAGCACGUGAAUUAUCAGUCUCAGCUCUGGCCAAAGACAAGCUUUCCUCCAGAGACCAGGGCAGGAGGGAGCGGGGGAGAGGGGCCGCGGGACGCGAGGUGCCAGCUUCCACAGCCCCCCGAGCCGUGGUGACUCUGAGGUUUAAUUGGACUAACCCUGGACCCAAAGACUGUCUUCGGGGUCACAGGACAUCUCUGAGCAGUUACUGUGGUACCAAGCGGAGUCAUGCUAGGAGCUAUUUAUAGAUGAAGCAGUGCUUCGUGCUUCAUAUAAAGCAAUGCAUAUUUUUAAAGGUAACAUGCAUAUAUCUACGUAGGUGUGCUUUGCUGAGGCGAGGUCUGUUGCAGACCAGAAACCACACGUCGUGAUUUCUCUUAUUUUUUCUUAGAAAACAUUUCUAUUUACAGUAAAUAGUUAAUAUGUAAAUACUGUAUAUAUACCGAUUCUGGAGUGUUUGUUAUUCAGUGUAUAUACUGCCACGACUUGCAUGAAAUAUCCUGUAUCUAUUGAUAUUUUGUUGUAAAGUGAAUAGUUAGUAAAAUUGGAGGGCGUAUGACUGUCCAAUUGCAAAUACUGUGUUCACCAAAUAAAAAUGCAUUGUUAAGACUAAGACUUGGUUCUUUAAA